AUCAUCAACCGUCAACCUCGGUUCGCAAAAAAAUCCCAGCAAAUCUCCGUUCCCUUCUCUCAUCACUUCGCUCAAAUUCUCGAUUCGCGAUCCGACCACUCCUUGCUUGAUCCGCCCAGAUCUGUAGAAGCUCGACCGUUCUCCUCUACUUUGUUUUGAUUCUAGGUUUAACAGAGCGGAUCUCGUGAUGGAUUUCAUGAAGGUUUUGGAUCAGACCGUUCGGGAGAUAAAGAGGGAGGUGAAUCUGAAAGUGCUCAAGGUCCCGGAGAUCGAGCAGAAGGUUCUUGAUGCAACCAGUGACGAACCCUGGGGCCCUCAUGGAUCUGCUCUGUCAGAGCUUGCUCAGGCCACACUAAAAUUCUCUGAGUGCCAGAUGAUUAUGAAUGUUCUUUGGACCAGAUUGACUGACACAGGUGCAAAUUGGCGCCAUGUUUACAAGGCAUUAACUGUUAUAGAGUACUUGAUUGCAAAUGGAUCUGAACGUGCACUUGAUGAUAUCCUUGAGCGUAGUUUUCGGAUUUCAUCACUUUCAGGCUUUGAAUAUGUUGAGCCUAAUGGAAAGGAUGUUGGAAUCAACGUGAGGAAGAAAGUUGAAACCAUUGUAGCUCUUAUACAUGACAAAGAAAAAAUACAAGCAGUUAGAAAUAAAGCUGCUGCAACCCGUGAUAAGUAUUUUGGACUGUCCUCGACGGGAGUAACAUUUAAGUCAAGUGCAUCCUCAUUUGGGAGCAGUGAUCGGUAUGGAGGCUUUGGUAGUUCAAGGGACGGUGAAUCGUUCAAGGAUAGCUACAAAGAUGAUCACAAGUCAAAUGAUGACCGUUCCACCGAAAAUGAAAGUGGAUUGAAGAAGGGAUCAUCAGGUCGCACCGGGUCUCGUAAUUCUUCAUCCUCCAAUUCCUCAAAAACAGCUAAGAUGCCUGCUCCAGUUCUAUCUUCUAAGAGCCCGAGUAUGGAACAGAACACUACUGAGGAUGAUUUUGACGACUUUGAUCCACGUGGAACCUCUAAAGGAGCAAAUACAACCUCCAACCAAGUGGAUCUAUUUGGUGAAAGCUUAGUUGAUCUCAUGGAUGCACCAACAUCUACACCAUCAGAGCCUGCAUUCUUCAGCAACACCAACACUCCUGAAGUUGACCUAUUUGCUGAUGCGACUUUUGUAUCAGCCUCACCUCACUCUGAAGCAACACCAGGUUCUCAUGAUCAGGACAAUGUUGAUCUCUUUGCUAGUCAACCUGCCUUUCCUCCCCCUCCUGCUGCAAAUGUUGCAAAUGUUGAUUUAUUUGGAGCAUCUGAAGUGAAGUACUCUACCUCAGAGCCGGAACACUCGACAACAUUUGAUCCUUUUGCAGUUCCUGAUUCAAGCAAGCAUGCUGACACAAAGUCCUCUGCUUCAGAAGCUACAAACACAAAAGCCUUUGAUCCUUUUGCCGCGAUUCCACUGAACAAUUUCGAAGAAUCCGACUCCUUUGGCACCUUCACAUCUCAUACUCAGUCUGUGACAACAGAGCCUCAACAAAAUGCGACAAAGAACAGCCUCCGCAGCUUGGAACAGACAUCUUCAAUGGCAUCCAAGCCUGCACCCAUGAAGAAUGCUUUUCAAGUCAAGUCAGGGGUAUGGGCUGAUUCUUUAAGCCGUGGAUUGAUUGAUCUAAACAUCACAGCCCCCAAGAAGGCAAAUCUAGCAGGUAUUGGAAUAGUCGGUGGACUUGGCGAUACUUCAAACAAUGGAAAAGGAACGGCGACACCGUGGUAUAUGGCUGAUACUACUGUGGGUUUGGGAUCAGGUAUUCCUCCCUCAAAUCCAAGCAUGGGGGGGACUAGCUUCUCUACUUCUGGUCAGCAGCAGUAUGGAAGCUUCAAGUGAUACAUGAUUUCUUAUUUUUACAUGUUAAUUUUUGUGAGCUGAGUGAAUUGGUGGGGUGUUAUGCGAAAGUAUUAUAUAUCUUUAUUGUUGUUGUGCAUUGCGGCCUUAUUUUGCUUCAAUUUAUGAUGUAGUGUGUUCUUUGUGUAACCUUAUGUAUUAUGGUUUGUGAAUAAAAUAGCUCAUAUGCCAACAUUUAUUGGA